AGAAAAGAAGAAGAGGAAAAAGGGGAAAGGAAGAGAAAAAAGAAAAAGAGAGGAAAAAGAAGAAAAAAGGAGUGAUGACAGCACAUAGACAUUUAAAGCAUUACAUUAGUUUUGUGUCCAUUAUUUUAUUUCACCUUUACUCCCUUAAUAGUCUCUUAGAUCUAACCACCUGUGUAUAUCUUAGCCAUUAGGGGGCACCUGCAAACAAUAUAUGAAGAAAAGUCCCCGUUUUCUGCCUCUUUACAAAUCAUUUGUUAAGUCUUUCUUUGCAAUUGAUUGAUUCAUCCCAUUUAAUAUCCCUUCACCUAUACUCUCCACAUUCUUGCUAUGCUAUUCUCUAUUUGUCUACUUUUUAUCUCCCAGAUUCCUCCAAUUUUCUGUCUUGUUGAAGUCAAAAAGAAAAAAAAGAAAAAAAGAAUGUGGGUGGAGACCUCACUGGGUGGAGAUCUCAGAAGGUGACAACUGCUCUAACCUGUCUUCCCUGCAUAGAGUAAUAUUAUUUGCAAAUGAGGAAAUGUUUCUUCCUACGGUUGCUGUUUAGCCAGAGCAUCUCACUCCCACAGUCAGUCUCUUGUUCUCUGUGGGAAUGUUGUCAGUAACUAUGGUAGAGAUUCUAGUCAGGGGAUGGAAGAAUCGAAAUUCACUUGGAAAGACAAAAAGAAAAAUGGUAACUUCACAGCUCCAAGAUCGAAGCCAAAUUUGGGAUGAGUACCAGUUGCCUUUUCAGGCUUCUCCAGCUGUGACAGAAGUUACUGUUUCCAAGGCAGAUUUUCGCCAAGAGAAAAGACAUUUCUCCUACCGUGGACCAAAGACCAUGGAACUGUCAGACAGUGACCGACCAGUGAGUUUUAGCUCCACAUCCUCCUCUGCCUCUUCCAGGGACAGCCACUGUUCCUUUGGCAGCCGGUUGACUUUAGCCUCCAAUGGCCAUUUGAGUUUAUGUAAUAACCAGGAUAAGGAAACAGGAGCCAUAAAGCUUGAGCUGAUGCCGACGAGGAGAUUCUCCAGCAGUGAAGUUCGGAGAAAUCCCCCAGAAGAGAAACAGAACAUGGAAGAAAGUACUGAAAAGUGGCAGGGAGUGCUGAGGACAACCGAAGCAAAAGGAGCAAGUAAUAAUGGCACCCUCUCCCUAGUUGCAGAAUCUACUACAAGUCCUAAACUUCUCUAUGUAGAUAGAGUAGUCCAAGAAAUUCUGGAGACUGAGAGGACCUAUGUACAAGAUUUAAAAAGCAUUGUGAAGGAUUAUCUUGACUGUAUCAAAGACCAAUCCAAGCUUUCUUUGGGGGCUGAAGAAAGAUCCGCCCUUUUUGGAAACAUACAAGAUAUCUACCAUUUCAACAGUGGACUUUUACAAGAUCUGGAAAAUUGUGAAAAUGAUCCCGUGGCCAUAGCAGAAUGUUUUGUAUCUAAGAGUGAAGAUUUUCACAUUUAUACACAAUAUUGCACCAACUAUCCAAGAUCAGUAGCUGUGCUAACAGAAUGCAUGAGGAACAAAAUGGUAGCCAAGUUCUUCAGAGAACGUCAGGAAACUCUUCAUCAUUCGCUGCCCUUAGGAUCAUACCUUUUGAAGCCUGUUCAGCGGAUUCUUAAGUAUCAUCUGCUUUUACAUGAAAUAGAAAACCACCUUGACAAGGAGACUGACGGCUAUGAUGUGGUGCUUGAGGCCAUAGACACAAUGCAGAGAGUGGCCUGGCAUAUUAAUGACAUGAAGAGGAAACAUGAGCAUGCCAUCAGAUUACAGGAGAUACAGAGUUUACUGACUAACUGGAAAGGACCAGACCUAACCAGCUAUGGGGAGCUGGUGUUGGAAGGAACAUUCCGUAUCCAGCGGGCUAAAAAUGAGCGAACAUUAUUCCUUUUUGACAAACUGCUUCUGAUCACAAAGAAAAGAGAAGAAACCUUUACCUACAAAGCUCACAUUCUGUGUGGCAACCUGAUGCUUGUGGAAAUGAUUCCCAAGGAACCACUUAGUUUUAGUGUUUUCCAUUAUAAGAAUCCCAAGCUUCAACACACAGUGCAGGCUAAAUCCCAACAAGAUAAACGACUCUGGAUUCUACACCUGAAGAGACUUAUCCUAGAAAAUCAUGCCGCUAAAAUUCCAGCGAAGGCCAAGCAAGCAAUUCUGGAAAUGGAUGCCAUUCAUCAUCCAGGAUUCUAUUACAGUCCUGAGAAAGAAAUGAAGGCAUUUUCCAAUUCUAAAGAAAGCACUGCUCCCCAUCGCCUGAGAAGAAAAUCUGAGCCAUCCUCAAGAAUACAUAAGGUUUUGAAAUCCAGUGAAACAACACAAGAUAUGCAAAAGAUUUCCAAAGAUGAUGAAGCAUCAUCUUCAUCACUAAUUACAGACCUUCCACGUUCUACAUCAGCUGGAAAUCCUCCAACGCAGCGGACCUCUCAGCAAAAUAACCCAGUCAUUUUGAAUGUCCUGGGAGGUGGUAAUGCUGGUGUGAGAAACAUCUGGACUGACCACCAGAUCAGGCAAGCCCUAUUUCCCAGUAGACGCUCACCUCAAGAGAAUGAGGAAGAUGAAGAUGAUUACCAUAUGUUUUUGCCAUCAUUAUCUUCAUCUGAUUUGCAUUCCACCAGGCUUUGCGAGGAGAAUGGUUCCAGUCGACCCUGUAGUUGGCAUUUGGGACAGAUGCAAUCCAGGGAUCCAGGGACCACUAAUGCUGGUCACAGGAUUGUCAGGCGAGCCAGCAGUGCUGGUGAAAGCAAUACGUGUCUACCAGAAGCACGAAAUAGAGACAGCGAACAUGUUCAACAAGCUUCACGGAGGGAAGUAGAGAGAGGUUCUAGAAUAGAAAGUGAUGGGAAGGCUUACUUUGAUACCGAGUUGCCCCUUUCUGACAUAGACCAUGUCUAUGAUAAUAUAAGUUAUGAAGAUUUAAAACGAAUGGGUUUUAUCAAAAGGGAUGAUCCUGAAUAUAUUCCCCAGAGAUCAAACAUGGAUUCUUUGCAAGGGGUACACCAUCAAAGCAGCCCAAACUUAUUAGCCUCCCCCCAGAAGCAAGAAGGUCAAGAUAAUAUCAUUGUGCCUGAAAAAAGAGAUGGAAACCUAUGCAGUAAAGAUGCUUCCAAAUUAAGCUCACAGGAACUCAAUAUUACUGAGGAAAACAUAUAUGACACUAUACAGCUCCCAGACCCACCACUCCUGGAUUUUAAAUGCAACUACCUAAAAUGUGCAAAGCGAAGCAGCUUUUUAGGACUGGAGACAGACUUUGUUUGUUGUGACAGUUUGCGACCAUUUGUUUCUGAAGAGAGCCUCCAAUUCAGUGAGGAUGAAACACCUUAUCGUCAUGGGCCCUUAGAGAAUGAUUAUUUAAGUUUGCUGUACAGUUCUUCUAACUCUGAUUCCCUGUCUCAUAAAUCUGUAGCCGAUAAACUAUCAGAAGAAGUAGAUGAAAUUUGGAAUGACUUGGAAAACUACAUCAAGAAAAAUGAAGAAAAAACAAGGGACCGUCUCCUUGCUGCAUUUCCCGUUAGUAAAGAUGAUGUCCAAGAAAGGUUACAUGCUGGAAGCACACCUGAACUCAGUAAAGAUGUAGACUAUGCAAUAUCUACUCUCUCCCUGCCAGAAAACCCUGUUUUCCUUAAGCCUGUAAAAAAUAAAGCUAUGAGGUUAAGCAGGACCAACCUCCCUUUUGAAGAAGAUGUGCUUUACAAAGAAAACUCAUUAAUGAAUCUCAAUAGACUUUCUCUGGCCAGUGAAAUGCCUUCUCUAGAAAGCCCUUGUGAAUCCAUUAAUAGCAGUUUGUCCCAUACAGAUCCUGAAAGUACUGAUCUAAGAGGGAACAGUACAGAUAAAACUAAAAGCAAAGUUUUUCUGAUGGCAAGACAAUACAGUCAGAAGAUUAAGAGGGCUAAUCAGCUUUUGAAAGUGAAAGGUCCAGAGGGAGAGCAAACAACCAGUCAGCCACAUAAGUCAAGGCACAAAGAUCUUGCAGCCAUAUUGGAGGAGAAGAAGCAAGGAGGUCCUGCCAUUGGUGCCAGGAUUGCUGAAUAUUCCCAACUCUAUGAUCAAAUUGUAUUCAGAGGCACACCCCUUAAAACAAAGAAGGAAGGCUGGGCUAGUCCUGGAGAAUCACCAAUUCUCAGGUCUUCAUCACCACCACCUCCAUCUCUUUCCCAGUCUCAAUGUGAUGGUGAAUGCUCUCAAGAGGAAGACUGGCUUUUUCAUUCUACAUACAGUAAUGGAGAAUUAGCAGAUUUCCGUUCCUGGUCUCAUGAAGAUAACAAGUCAAGAUAUUCUUCUUCAGAGAUGAAUGCAAAAAGUACUCCAAGGCAGUUGCCAACAGCUUGUUCUGUGCCUUCACUUCAAACAUCUACCCCUUUGCAAGACCCUCUCCAAAGACGUAGCGUUGUGAUAAACCAGCCUAAUAAAGAAAAUCUGCGUCACAUCCAUAUUUAUAAUUCUUUGGGCAGGAAAGGAAUGAGUAAUAAAUUCCAGUCAUAUAGCUGGUCCCAGUCCACUUCUUCAAUUGUGCUAAAUAAAUUGGUGGACUCUAUCAACUACCCAAAUGAAAUUGGGAAAAAGCAGCAGCUUUCUUCACACAGAAGCACAAGGUGUGAUAGUCAACAAGAUUUGUUAGCAGGUACCACUAUCUCAGGUCAACAGAAUACUGAAAAAUGCUCUGAUAUGACUCUUCAAGACUCGCAAAAGGUUCUGGUAGUGAAUAAAAAUUUGCCAUUAAAUGCCCAGAUAGCCACACAGAACUAUUUUUCCAAUUUCAAAGAGGUAGAAGGAGAUGAAGAUGACUAUGUAGAGAUAAAAUCAGAAGAGGAUGAAUCAGACCUAGAAAUAAUUCAGAAUCGCACCCGGAAAUCUGAUCCAAAGACUAGAGAUGUGGAGCUAUCUGAUGAUCACCAUAGCAACAUCACUUCUUAUUCUUUAAGCAGCCCUUGUGCUUCUUCCACAAAACCAGUCAACAGCAAACUUAACCUUUCACCUUACCUAACAUAUGGUGACUCUGACAAACUGAAUGACUACCUAUGGAGUAAUUCCUCACCCAAUCAACAGAAUAUUGUUCAGGCUCUAAGGGAAAAAUUUCAGUGUCUCAGCUCAAGCAGCUUUGCCUAAAGUACUUCAGAGCUUCUGACUGUAUUGUCUUUUUACAAUACAUAUGUACUACAAAUACUAAUGACAUAUUUCAAUGUAGUAUUCACACAGCAAUAUGAAACUGUAGAUGUAUAAGAUAUGGCACAUUAUGUUGAAAAGGUUGAAAUAGACAGGACUGUACUAGUAAUGAAUGAAUAUUAAUUAACAUCUAGUGGUAUAUUUUAUAAGGAUGGUGGAUUUAUCUUAAGUCACUUUUACUUGAACAUCCUUAGCUUAUUCUUCUUAUCCUCCACUUUCACCUCAAAGUUUCAAUUUUUUUAUGGUCAGGCCACUUCUUCCAUAUUUUGACAAUAUUGUCCAGACUCUAAGAAACUUAGCACUUCUGUGCAAGAAUAUGUAUAAUUGGGUGGCAGUUAUUAUUACAGAUAACAGAGCAAGCAUCAUUUAAAAAAUUUAAAGCAUUUUAGGUUAAAAGUCAAGAACAAGGAUAUUAUCAUCUAAAGGAUGUCUGGGUCAAUUUGAUAUCUGCUAUAAGUUUUCAUCACUACUGCAUUUUUCAAUUCUUGACAAAAUCUUCUGUUGGAAAUAGCCUAUUCUAGGGGGUAGUAUAAUGUGUGGUAUACUUUUUGGACCACUUUUUGGUUUCUGCUGGGAGCUCAGACAAGUUGCUAAUUUUGGUAGGCAAAAAUUAUAGGACCGCAAGGAAUUAAAUCGCCAAAACCAAAAUAAUAAAAGAAAAAAGAUCUCUGGAAUUUUUACGUAGGUAGCUUCUUUCACAAUAACCACUUUAAUUAUUUGAAAACAAGGCUUGAAAAUAUGAUUGAUACAUUACCGAUUUUAUGACUUCUAGAAUAUAGUAAUUCCUUCAGAGGCUUGAAGGAAAAUCCAACUCUAUCAAAAGUCAGAUUGUGUUAGGUAUAAAAGAUGACAUGGUAUUAAAAAUAAUUUAUUUUCCAUUAGUAUAAGGUGAAUUAAAAAAAAUCUUUCUUAAACAUGUUAAAGUACAUUUCACACAAAGAAAAUAAGUAUUCUUACCUAAAGCCAAGUCAUUUUUUAACUGCUCCUCUCCCCCCAAAAUUUAUAUUUUCAAAGGGCAUUCUCUACAUGCACCCUCAUGGGUCUGAGACUUGACUGAAAACAUUUAUUGAGAGUUAGAGAUAUGGGAAUGCCAUUUAAUAUUGUUUUAUUUGCAUGUAGUAUGUGAUUGUGUCUAUACACAUACAGCUCUACGUUAAAGAUAUUUACAAAGAGAGAUUUGUUACAAAAUUCUCUUUGCCACUUUUGCCAAUUGGCAUCUUAACCUUGCAUUGCUAUUACUGUAUCUAAAAAGCAGUGUGCCAUAAUACUAUAUAGAGACACCAAAUACACAGGACCUCAUAAGGUCUCUUUUCACAGUUUUUUAUUUAGGAAAUUUUUUAAAUUGGGGGAUGUAGUAGGAAAUUUAUUUAAUUUUUAUUUGAACAGAUCCUACUUAAUCACAAGUCCCAUGAAUAAAAAAUGAAAUCAAAAGAUCUUAUACACAAACAAGAUAAAUUUUCAAAAUGUGGACUACAAAAGCUUGUCUAAAGCAAUUAUAGAUAUUUACUUCCUUCUCCCCCUUACCACCACAUGUUUUUCCAUUUAGAUAGGCAAAUGUAAUUAUGUAUGAUAUUUAGGGACAUCUAUGUUUUUUUCAUUAAAAUGAGUGAAACUGAAACAAAAUAUAAAAUCAAGGUGGCAUCUUGUAAUUCAUUUUCUAUAUUAAAUUUAAUGCCUCAUUUCCUUAAAUGCAAAACAUAAAUUAUCAUUCUCCUUAUUAGUGAUGAAUGGUUAGGACACUUUAUAUAUUUCACUCUUUAAAUCACUCUUUGCUUAAUCUCUAUGCUUUUUCUUCACCCGAAGUGUUAAUGGUGGGAAGAUAUUAAUAUGACACUGAACCCAUUUGGUAAUAUUAAAAAAAUGCAAUAUUCUAAGGUUUCAGAAUCAAGCUGUUUCUGAAAAAAAAAAGUUAUAAAGAUCUGAUGCUUUUGGUCUUCAUAGAAGUCUUAAAAAAUAGCAAGAUCAUUCAGUGUCCUUGGGAAACAGAAAGCUACUUGAAUAUUAAUAUGCCUGGAAUGAAGUUGACUCCAUUUUUUUUUGUGAUUGGCGUGAAUUGAAUUCUUGAGAAGAAUGAGCUGAUCAUUUUUCAUUUUAUAAAAACGAUUCUUCAAAUUGAUGCUGCUUUGCUAAUUGCAUGGUUUUGAUGUCUACUAUUGAAAAUAUAUAAGACACUUCGCAUACACCCUGCAAAUGAGAGCUUUAAAAUAGCUCCCUUUAUUGUAUAAAGUGCAUUUGUAUAUAUCAUUGUAAUUACAUGUUUAGACAAAGCUGUAUUUUAUGUCUUCAAAUGAAUUCUUUUUAUUAGGGUGCAGAUUUUGAGGACUGUGUAUAUACCCCUUUUUGUGAACUUGAUGCUGCAGAUCAUCAGUUCUAUGCUUUAACUUAGUUUUUAAAUAGCCAGGGACAUGUUGUAUUAUUGUGUAAGGUCCCAGGAAACCAAAAGUUUUGUGCAUUUUUGAAAUGUGUCUUCUGUCUUAUUAAAUCCCUGUACUGGAGACUCAGUUUUUAAAAAAUCAAUUUUCACUUAAUAGAAUACUACCUGUGGAAAUUGCCUCUAGUAAAACAAUUUAAAAUAGUGUAUAUAAGAUAACGAACCUUAGCAAUGCCCAUUAUUUAAUAAAGUUUGUAAAGUAUAAAGUAAAUUAUAGUGUGAAUCAAUGUGUAUUAACCAAAAAAUUCAGAUUUCCCUUUUUUAAUUGCCCUUAGUUACAGAAGUCAAUAACCCUCAUAUCUUAUGAAUAUGAUUGAUACAAAAUUUGAUGAGAGUCGGAAAAGUGUGCAAAUUUUCCAGUGGGCUAGUCCAUGUAAUUUUCUAUGUAAUUGCAGUACAUAAAUAUGUUAGAAUUGGUUUUGGAGUGGGGUCCAGUAGGUAGCCAAAUUGGCCUAAAGCCAAUACUAGAUUCUCAUUCCUUCUCCCUAUCCUCCAUGACAAUUAACUUUGAAGUAUUUGCUUAUUGAUUUUUUUCUUAAAUGUGCAAAAAAAUGUCCAGGGCCAAUUAGUGUCAUACUGCUUGCAAUCUUCAUUUUAUCUGAUGCUCAUUGAAAAGAGAAACUGGAUUGUUAAAAUAUUAUAUUAGGAUUGGUGGAAUAUGUCACCUGAAGUCAAUUACAUUCUUGAUUAUAAACUCAUCCAGAUUGUACUUGUAAAAGAGGAGUUGGAGUGGAAGGAAAAACUUUUCUGAAGACUUUUUAAAGGUGGAUUUUAAACUUUACUGUAGGUCCACCAGAGAGAUGUUCCCUUGUGCUAUUUGACCCUAAAGCAAAAACUGAUUUGGAUUGGCUGUAAUAAUAUGUUUAAUUUAAAGAAAUUGGUAACAAGGAGAUUGAUGUCCCUCAUGAAGAAUGUGAAUUAACCAAAGCCUCACAGAGGAAAGGAAAUGUGAAUAACUUUUUAAAAGUUAGUUUGUAAUGAGCCAUGAAUACAGGUGAUAUAACCAGACAUUAAAGUAACAUGUUUAUUUGUAGUAAAAUAAAGGCUAGAAAAUUAUUUGACACAAAGAAUCUGGUCCAGAGAGAUUCUUUCAUUACAAAAAGCAAAAGGUAAUGAAAUUUUGAUGAGAGAGCUCUCCAAUUUACUGCAUUGUGUUAAUGGUCCUAUAACUGAGUUAAGAGCAGCUACACUCAUCUCCACCAACCAGAAAAGUUCAUGACAGAAGUAACUUCCUCAACAUUUCUCUCUCUGUGUGUGUAUUUUGUGUGUGUGUGUACAUUUUAGCUUUGUCAUAUCUUGUCCUAUGGAUGAGACCUAGAGCUUCUUGUUGCACUUUUUUUCAUGACUUAUUUUGUUUAAAAAUAAAGUAUGUACUCUUAAACCUA